CUGCAUAGCGUGAUUCAGUCAGCGGUGAAGCAGAGAAUCGCCAGAGCUGAUCUGCAGAGAGAAUCCUUGUCCUCCUCCUCCUGUCUGGAGCUCCUGAGGGAUCCUGCUACUCUUCCCUGUGGACACACCUGCCGUAAGACCUGUGUGGAACCAAUGAGUGAAGUGUAUGUGUGAAUUCUCUCCAGCUCUGAUCAUCCAGGCGGUGGUGGAACACACACACACACACACGUGACUCACUGCUGUGGAUCAACACACUGACAUCGAACACAAUCUGAGUUCACAACUUUGGACCGGAACAACUGAGCUCCGACAUGGACCCGAGACUGAGGAGAGGAGCCUCGCUCACAGGUGUGGACAGAGAGGAGGAAGCUCCUCCCUCUAAAGCCCCUCUGGGUGAGGACCAUGACAGCCAGACUAGAGCUCAGAGAUCAAAGCCACUCACAUCAGACGCUGCUGGACGAGGACAUAGACCUGGACCUGCUCCCAGCUGUCAGUCUCUGAAGAGUGACGCAUCUAUGCCAAGGAUUAUUGACUUCAGAGGAGGACAGGAGCAUCAGAGGAGGAGCAGGGAGGAUCAGCAGCUCUCAGAUGUUCUCAGUCUCCAGUGUGUCCAGCAGCAUCAGACAGAUCUGGACUCCACACUGCAGCUGUUUGAGAAGACCGUCAUGACCCUGGUGAAGAAGGAGCUGAAGAGAGCCCAAAGGUUCCUCAGUCCAGAUGACCAGAAGAACCUGGAUGGUGAGGAAGAGCUGAAGUGUGACGAGGAGCAGAUGAGGAGCAGCAGGGAAUCUCUCCUGCAGAUCUUCAUGAACAUCCUGAGGAGCAUGAAGGAGGAGGAGCUUGCUGAUGUUCUGUGGAGCAGAAGUGUUGCAGCAGCCUGUGCAGGGCGACUGAAGAGGAGCCUGCAGAAGAAGUUCCACAGUGUGUCUGAGGGGGUCGCUAGAGCAGGAAACUCUGCCCCUCUGAAUCAGAUCUACACAGAGCUCUACAUCACUGAGGGGGGCACAGAGCAGGUCAACCAGGAGCACGAGGUCCGACAGAUCGAAGCAGCAACCAGGAAGCAGACCAGACCAGGAACUACCAUCAGACCAGAAGACCUCUUUAAAGCCUCACCUGACACAGACCCACCAAUCAGAAGCCUGCUGACGAAGGGCGUGGCUGGCAUUGGGAAGACCCUCCUGACACAGAAGCUGACUCUGGACUGGGCUGAAGACAAAGCCCACCACAACUUCCAGCUGGUGUUUCCUUUCACCUUCAGAGAGCUGAACCUGCUGAAAGAGAAGCAGUUGAGUUUGGUGGAACUUGUUCAUCUCUUCUUUCCUGAAACCAAAGACUCAGGACUCAGCAGCUUUGAAGGAGUCCAGGUUCUGUUCAUCUUGGACGGUCUGGACGAGUGUCGACUCCCUCUGGACUUCAACAGUCGGGUCCUGACAGCAGCUACAGAGUCCACCUCAGUAGACGUCCUGCUGACCAACCUCAUCAGGGGGAAGCUGCUUCCCUCAGCUCAGCUCUGGAUCACCACACGACCUGCAGCAGCCAAUCAGAUCCCUCCUGAGUGUGUGGACAUGGUGACAGAGGUCAGAGGGUUCACUGACCUCCAGAAGGAGGAGUACUUCAGGAAGAGGUUCAGAGAUGAGGAGCAGACCACCAUCAUGUCUCACAUCCGGAGCUCACGAAGCCUCUACAUCAUGUGUCACAUCCCCAUCUUCUGCUGGAUCACUGCCACAGUUCUGGAGGACAUGUUGAAGAGCAGAGAGACCGGAGAGCUGCCCAAGACCCUGACUGAGAUAUACAUCCACUUCCUGGUGGUUCAGGCCAAAGUCAAGAAGCUCAAGUACCAUGGAGGAGCUGGGACUGACCCAGUUUGGGAUCAUGAGAGCAGGAAGAUGAUGGAGUCUCUGGGAAAACUGGCUUUUGAGCAGCUGGAGAGAGGAAACUUGAUCUUCUAUGAAUCAGACCUCACAGAGUGUGGCAUCGACAUCACAGCUGCUGCACUUUACUCAGGAGUCUUCACACAGAUCUUCAGAGAGGAGAGAGGACUGUACCAGGAGAAGGUCUUCUGCUUCAUCCAUCUGAGUCUCCAGGAGUUUCUGGCUGCUCUUCAUGUCCACCUGAGGUUCUUCAACUCUGGAGUCAAUGUUCUCCAUUCACAACAAAAAUCCGAACAGUCAUGCAUCUUCAGAAAGAAGCUUCAUCCAGGACAGUUGUACCAGUCAGCAACAAGUGUUGCUUUAGAAAGUCCAAAUGGACAUCUGGACUUGUUCCUGCGCUUCCUUCUGGGUCUUUCUCUGCAGACCAACCAGCGGCUCCUUCCAGGUUUGUUGACACAGACAGGAAGUAGCUCCUGGACCCAUCAGAACGCAGCCAAGCUCAUCAAGAAGAAGAUAAGGGAGAAAGUGUCUCCAGAGAGAAUCAUCAAUCUGUUCCACUGUCUGAGUGAAGUGAAGGACACUUCUCUAGUGGAGCAGCUCCAACAGCAGCUGAGAUCAGGAGCUCUCUCCACAGGUCAACUGUCUCCAGCUCAAUGGUCCACCCUGGCUUUCAUCUUACUGUCCUCAGAGGAAGAUCUGGACGUGUUUGACCUGAAGAAAUACUUUGCUCCAGACAGACGUAAACCUUUCCUGAAUCAAUAUUGUUUUUCAGAGGAGGCUCUUGAGAGGCUGCUGCCGAUGGUCCAAGCUUCAAAGAAAGUUCUACUGAGCUGCUGUGGACUGUCAGAGAGAAGUGGUUCCCUUCUGUCCUCAGUCCUCAGCUCUCCGUCCUCUAGUCUCACACAACUGGACCUGAGUGGGAAUGAAGACCUGAAGGAUGCAGGAGUGGAGCUGCUGUCUGCUGGACUGAAGAGUCCACACUGUCACCUGGAGACUCUCAGCCUGUGCGACUGUGGACUGUCAGAGAGAAGUGGUUCCCUUCUGUCCUCAGUCCUCAGCUCUCCGUCCUCGAGUCUGAUACAACUGGACCUGAGUGAGAACAUCAAGCUGAAGGAUGCAGGAGUGAAGCUGCUGUCUGCUGGACUGAAGAGUCCACACUGUCACCUGGAGACUCUCAGUCUGUCAGGGUGCAUGAUCUCAGAGAGAGGCUGUGCUUCUCUGGCCUCAGCUCUGACCUCUAACCCCUCCCAACUGAGAGAGCUGGACCUGAGCUACAACCAUCCAGGAGGACCAGGACUGGAGCUGUUGUCUGCUGGACUGGAGAGUCCAGACUGGAGGCUGGAGACUCUCAGGCUGGACAACUGUGGACCAGGGUGGUUAUAGAUCUGACCUGAAGAAGUGUGAGUGUUUGAUUGAUCCAUGAGAACUGCUGGACUCUGUCAGCUUCUAGUGGAGCAGCUGUGAUGUUGGUGACAUCAUGUGAGCCUUGAAUCUGCUGCUGGAACUUGUCUUCAUCAAGUCCAGGUCACUGGCCAGAACACUGCUCACCAACAUGGUGUCCAGCAGAAGCUGGUUGUCCAGCAGCAGCUAGUGAGGAGUCUCCGUGCAGAUCUAGAAGCAGCACUGUUGACUUUCCUCAUCAUCACAUAUGGAGUCAUUCACUCUCUUCAGUCUUUGACUCCAGAGUCACAUGAGUUUGGAAGAUCAUCACCUUCUCACUGGAGUCUGAAGAUCUCAGUGUUCUUCCACCAUCAUCACCUGCACCUGUCUUGCAAUCCGUCCCCUUAAAAUGUGACCAUCACCCCAAAAAUACUGCAUACAUGUUCACAAAUAAAGUGAUAUUGAUAGACAGAGAAAAUAACAAUACGGCAAGACAGCAAUUCCAAACAUUCUAGAUUUGUUAAAACUAUUUGGGGAAAUAUCAGGAUAUAAAUUGAACCUCAAAAAAAAAGUCAGCUAUUUCCACUGAAUGUGGACAUUAGAAAUAUAGUAGCCACAAAUGUCCCUUUUAAAGUGUCAACUGAAGAAUACUAACUUGGGUGUUACAGUCACCCAAAAAUCUGGAGAGCUAGUUCAACAUCAUUUGAUCAAACUUUUCUUGCAGAUUAAAGAGGAUCUUUCCGUUUGUUCCCCGCUAUUUCUGUCCUUAACAGGCAGAGUUCAUUCAAUUAAAAUGUCGGCGCUUCCAACGUUUUUAUAUUUAUUUCAAACCUUACCAAUAUUCUUCCCGAUGUCAUUCUUUAAACAGCUAGAUUCAAUAAUGUCAGCAUCAUCUGGAGUGGUAAACCCCCGCGCCUGCGUAAAGAACUCUGACAAAUGCCUCAAGAGAAAGGAGGAACGGCACUGCCUCAUGUCUGACAACAUUACUGGGCAGCUCACCUCAUAUUGGAUUGAGCAUCACUUGGAUAAAAACUGCCCAGACUGGGUGAGAAUGGAAACAACUGUCUCCAACUCACUUUCACUCCCAGCUCUAAGUGGUACAAAGUUGCCACGAUCACGCAGCCUGAUCAAUGGGUCAAAUGGCAGCCCAACAGUCCAAAACUGGGUGAAAAUAUGUAUCCAGUUUAGGAAAGGUUUCAGACUUCAUGACAUGUGUCUAUUCAGUCCUGUGGCCUUGGAUCACAUAUUUAAACCAUCCUUGCAGGACUCAUUGUUCAAUAUCUGGCACAGAAAAGGUCUGAAAAGAUAUAAGGAUCUUUUCAUUGAAAAUAACUUUGCUUCAUUUGAGCAACUGGCAAAAAAGUACUUAUUGUCAAAAUCCCAUUUUUUUAGACACUUACAAUGUAGACAUUUUAUAAGGAGAGUUUGACCACAAUUCCCUCAUAAACCAGAGAACACAAUUAUUGACAUUAUCAUGAGAGCCGACCCAAAAGCCAAAGGUUCAGUCUCAAAUAUUUUGGAUCUGAUGUCAUCACAUGCACAACUUCCACAUCCCGCAUGAGAACAGAAUGGGAGGCGGAGCUCCAAACCCCAAUAGAAGAGCAAACCUGGCUGAAGGUUUUGAAGCAGCUCCAUUCAUCUUCUAUGUGUGACAGACACUCAUGACUUCAACUCAAGAUUGUGCAUCAGACUCACCUGUCCAACUCUAAACUGGCUACAAUCCAUCCUGAGAUGGAUCCUGAAUGUGGGAGGUGUCAGUCAGCAGAAGCAACACCUGUCCUGACUCACCAGUUUAUUGGAGUCAUAUUUUUGAGGCCCUCUCUACAGUCCAGUUGGAAUGGAGCCUCUUUACUGCACUGUUUGGAAGUGUUCCAGAAGGUAUUCAGCUUCCAGUCGGGGGAGAAAAAGUGGCAGCUUUUACUGCUCUGCUGGUGAGAAGGUUCCUACUUUUGAAGUGGAAGGAUGAUGCUCCACCCUCACAGUCACACUGGGUAUGAGAUGUGGUGGUUUUUUUUUUUUUUUUUCGAUAAACCAACAACAACAGUGCUAGAGUCACUGGAAGAUGAGUACGAAGGUGGAACUCUGUGCUUCUCUUUUCUCUGUCUCUGGUAAACAGUUUCUUUUCUUCUUGUUAACCAGGUGUGGAAAGUCUGCUUCUGUUCUAUUGUGUCAUUACUGUUGUAAAACAUGGUCACCUGGAGUCAUGACAAAAGUUAUCGCCUGUAUUAUCAAGAGUGACUUUUAUCGAAUAUUUUUUGUGAGAAUUUGUUCAUGAAGUGAAAAUCCAAUGAAAAGAUCAUUGAAAGAAAAUAAAGCAAGUCGCAUGAUGCUGUCGAGUAGUGAUGGGCAAAACAGUUCAUUUUAGUGACUCAGUUCAUUGAAUCUCAUUCAGUAAAAACAAUCUUUUUUGAGUCUUACAGUUCUUAGUUUCGCCACCUACUGGUGACAUGGAACCCUGCGGUUGAAUGGUAGUUUCAGUUGGAUUUAAACGUCAAUUUGACUGACUUUACAUUGAACAUUUUACAAAUCAAACAAAGUGUCAGAGGUACCAUGAUGUUAAACCAUUUUGACAAAAUGUUUCUGUUUGCAGACACACUGUAUGCAAUGUAUUGCUUGAAUGAAGAAGUGGUUGGACAUCAUUGCAUGGUAUCAAUGUCCAACCAGCACAACCUCAGAGCCUCUGAUGCCUGAGUUAGAUUCAUGCAUAACAACCAUAUGACUCAUCAUGAGGCCCAGUCUCAACCAUCUUGAAGAGUUGGCCUGGUGUUUGACACCAUCUAAACAAGUCAAAGCUCAGCAAAAUAUCACCACUGAGGGAAGAAUGCAGGCAGUCUAAUCAGGGAAAUGUUAGAAGAUUAAUAAAAGAGAGGGAGAUUCAAAAAUUAUUUUUUUCACUGCUGUGGAAGGUGGAGGCAACUGUUGCAUUCUUUCACAGAAGCACAGUCGCUUCAGACAAACUCAAAGCAGCACAACAGCAGGACGUGGCCACACGGUGGACUUCAACAUUUUACAUGUCGCAGCGAUUUAUUGAGGUGAAAAACCCUCUCAUCUCCACUCUGGCGCUCAUGAACGCCUCUCUGCCAACACUGACUCCAGAUGAGUGGAAAAUGGCCACGGAGAUUGUCAGCAUUCUUCAACCCUAUGAAGUGACUGCUGAAAGGUAAGUCCUAACAUGUUUGAGUAUCAGAUGUUGCGCCACGUUUUACCAACUGUGAAUACAAGUCGACACACUGCUCCUCUGUAACCUUCUCUGCACUUUGUCAGUCCUUGGUGGCCCUGGUGCAUCUUUUCUCAUAUCUCUGCUCUCAUUCUUUCAGGGAUCACAGACUGCAGAAGCCCAUCCCCUUCACUAACUGAGCCGAGGUGUUCCACUCUUCAGAUGAUCAGGCCAACCAUCAUGGACAUGCUUGAGGACGCACUGGAGUUCCUCAUCACUCCUGGUCCUGUCUUUGAUACUGCAGGCUUCAGCGUUCCACCGUGGUUCUGCAUGAGGACUCCCCCGAGCCCAUGGCUGCUGCCGUCUGCUCUGACUACUGUUGGUUUGGCUGGGUCAAUGACCUCCAGAACUGGAGCGGAGGAGAUGAACUCUUUCACUUCGAUGAAAGCUGCUUUUGCUGUUUGCCCCAACAGCAGCUGUUCCUAGAUUUGACUCAUUCAUUCAGAGGCUGCAGCACUGUGGACAAGUGUGGUCGAUAUCGCCCGAGAUAGUUCACCAUCCCCAGACAUCUUCUCAGUUCAACUGAUGUUUCCGGGUGGCUCCAGUGCUGUUAUGGCCUUGACUCACUUUGGUCAGGACUUGUCUCAAGGAGCCUCUUGAGUCUUUGAUCGUGCACCUCCUGUGUUUCUCCAAACACCAGUGUGUCGUCCAUAUAUACCACGGUGCCCUCAUGUUGCUGCACCACCUCUGACAUUUCUCUUUGAAAAAUCUCCGGUGCAGAAGUGAUACCAGAGGGUGACCGUUUAAAACAGUACCUACCCAGUGGUGUGGUGAAUGUGGUGAGGCGAGCGCUGUUUUCCUCCAGCAGAACCCACUUUCCGCAUGGAGACUGGAGAACACUGUACUCUUGGCGAGCUUGGGAAGUAUCAUAUCAUCCAAAGUUGGCAGAAUAAACUCCUCACCUUUGACAUUUUCAGUGAGUCUUUUCAAGUCCAUUGGUUUCCACAACAGGAACCAUGGGCGCACCACUCUGUUGGAUCUGUGACUUUCUCUAUCACCCCCAUCGAUGCCAUCCUUUUCAGCUCUGCUUCUACUUUUGGCAGUAGAGGAAUGGGCACAUGGUGUGGUGUGGCGACCCUUCUUUUGAUGUGACCUUCACAGGUUCACCUUUCAGUGUCCCACACUGCUAACUGUGUUCACUGUGUCAACACGGUUCAUCAAAGCCAGUUUGGUCGACACUGUUCGGCCCAGAAGGUUCUCGCCACCCGUCUUGACAACCACUACAGGAAAACAAGAGUUUGGAAGCUUGCCAUCAACUUUGGCUUUGACUUUGUCCCCUCGUGGCCCCUUCUCCCCCUGGACUUUUGAGUGUAUGUUCCAGUGGAGUGAGCUUGGGCUUCUUCCUCCAAGUCUCAUAUGUUGCCUCUGACAUCACGGAGGAGUCUGCACCAGAGUCCAUUUUAAAGGAGACUGCCGUGUUCUCCACACCAAAAGUGGUCUGCCAAGGAGCUUCACCCUCAGCCAGCACUACUGGUUUGCUUUUGUUCUCCACUGAUCCUCAGAAUCAACUCUGGUCUGUGUCUGUCUCUGUUAUUUCUCUUAUGGCCUCUGUGCCACACCCAGCAGCAAAGUGUCCAGUCUGGUUCCACUUCAGCCAUUUCUGUCCUCUUGCAGGGCACAGUUCACCGUCAUGACUCCGACCACAUCUUGUACCCGUGACCUUUGUUUUAUUCUGCACCUUUCUCUGGUUUUCUACAGUUUUCUCUUGUGCCCUCUUUUUCAGGACUUGAAUGUUGUCCACACUUUGCACCUUCUGAGACUGGACUAACUGCUCAUCUCUGUUGCCGUGCGCAGCGCCAGCUCACUUGUCAUUGGUCGUUUUUGAGACACUUGUUUGUCCCUCACCCCGACGACCACGUGGUCCCGCUCAUCCUUCUGCGUGCCACAAUCACAAUUGUGGGCCAGCUCAUCAAGUUACUCAUCAUAAAGGAAAGACGUGUUACCUGGAGCAUCUUCUUGAUCAUGAUCCAGGCACUCACUCAUAUUUGAGGAACUAUUCAUCCAACAACAACAACAAAGCAGAGGGAGCCAGCGCUUCUGUUGGAGCUACAGCGGACGAUGAAGCCUUGUUCAUUACUCAAGGGAAGUGAAUGACAAGACUCCAAUUCCAGCAGCGCCUUUCAAAAUAAAAUACAAAUGACGGUGACGUGAGGAAACUGUAUCUGCGCUAGAUACUAGUCGUUCCUUGAGAUGACUCGUAGUUCUUAGCUCAUUUUGAAGAGACGUUCAAAGAACGACCCCUCACCAUUGAAUAUGUUCUUAACAGGUUCCCUGAUCAUAUCGUAUUAUAUCGUUGUGAUGCCGCACUUCUGAGGCAACGUCGCCCGAUGUUAAAUGUGUCAUUUUAUUGGUCUCAUGAUCAAUAUUUUAGAGUUUAUACGUUACAUUGAACAUGUGACAAGUUGUGUAACAAGAUACACAUUUGUCAGAAUCAAUGACGUCUUCAUGAUGAAAAGGUGGAGCCUUGUUUAAAAGUCUGACAUGUGUUGCAUUUGUUCAGCGUGACUCUGUCUGCUCAUUUUGUUGUCUCUACAGAGACACAUUACACUUGGGAGAUUGGCUGUGAUCCCAAAGAAACAAGAAUGCAGCCCUGGACUUUGGCCAUUCUGCACCUAUAAAGGGGCACAUUUGAUGGUUGACAGUCAUAUUGAAGGCCCCUGUACCGUCAACUGCAAAGACUCAGUACAUAAUUGUGGAUCUGCCCAUUUUUACACAUUAGACUCGAACUCUAACUUGCUGACUUUACUGUUCUAUAUUAUUAUUAUUGUACAUAUUUGUACCGCAAAGCCACGUACACUGUAAUUUGAGUGACACA